AUUGACAUCCGGCAGGCCAGCAAUAAUGGGGACCGUUAAAGGUUGUCCGUUAAAGGUUGGUUAAACCGUUGGCUGAACAUGGCGGCUGUGCGUUUCGGACUUGUGCUCUCGGUGCUACUUAUCCUCCAGACGGUGUCUGUCUGUAGGGGUGUUCCGGUAGUGACCGGUGUCCAGUCGUCCGUUGAAGGGGACAUGCGGAACAUUACAAUCAGGUACCAAGCAGAAACACGGCCCGUCGUGCUGUGGAAGGUCGGAUCUUUUCUCAGCCAUUUCGGAAACACAACCCAUACCUUUUCUGACUCGGAAGGGGAAGCAACUCUUCACAUGUACAUAGACCCGCAACUUAAUGAUUUCAGAGAGGAUAUACUGACUUGCAUCUAUGGAGACAGCUACGAAAUAAACUUGGUCUUCGUCAAGGAUGAUAUUAUUAACAGCCGGUUAGAGCGCAACAACAUCACCCCGUUGGUGUUCAGUUCUCAGCCAGAUGGCAUCGUCAACUUUGAUGAAGACGAACGGGUGGACAUUGAUCUGUCUAUUGAGUCCGAGAACCUAGGACUGUUCGAGAUCUAUUUCACUCUGGGGAUGCUAAACUCUUUUGAUUACAGAUCGCUCCCUCCAUUAAAUACUUACAUUGAAUCAAUUCCCGUAGUAGAACCCAGGCACUCGUUUAUCUUACCGGAUCUGAACAACAGUCGCGCGUCGACUGUGGAGCAUACUUUGGCUUCUAUCGACACAUCCUACCCUUACACGGAAGGGGAGGUCAAAUUUGUAGUCGGGUUAAGAGUUCGCUCUGCAUAUAGCCUUCUCGAUAGAAUAAUAAUCAGACGCUGGGUGUAUCUGAAGAAUCGUGGACACGUUUCGCCUUUUUGGAACAGUGUAAGUUUGGUUGAUGACCCUCAAAACAGGCACAAUAAUGAAAUAAUUCACACGAGAUUUCCGUACACCCAGAUUGAUGCCAUAGGGUAUCCGAAACCUGUUCUGAAGUUGUUCCGCGAUUGUCGCGAGAUUACAGAGCCGGAAGUUGAGAUGAUCACAAUCGGAACUCCCUAUCGUACCCGAAAGAUCUUCCGGUUCAAGAACGUUACAGACUCUUUGCAGGGAACCUAUUACGCAAGCGCGUCGAACGGGCACAACCAAGUCACACAAAUGUACUAUAUACAAGUCCUGUGAUGACGUACCGAAGGGGCUAAGUUGAUGCUCUGUAAGCCUUCCACAUGCAAUGAAGUUUAAUAAAUUGGUUCCUGUUCAA